AUGAGAGGCUAUGAUAUCGCUCCAGAAAAUUACGAUGUAAUAAUGGAUGUAUUACUGGAAAAAUAUGGGGAUCCGUUUACCAUAAUCAAGUUGCUUUACAAUGUGCUCCAUUCUAUCAAGAAAAUUACUAUAGAAAGAGUACUUCGGCAACUGGAGGCACUUAGGGUAAGUCUCGAAUACUCCAGUGUAAAAAUAGCACUUGGAAGUAGACUGCCGCGUUGGAUAUUAAAAAGAAAAGUCAAUUAUCUAGGAUUAACAUUGAAAGCGGUCAAAAUCAAAAGGAGUCUAACUCUAAACGAAAACAAAUGGUUUCUCACUUUUGAGACAUCAGUUUUACCGGUUAUUAACCAGCCGGAACUAAAUCGUACCGGACGAACUUCCAAAUCAUCUAAGAAGACCGAGAAUAAGAUUGAAAAAAUCUUGCAUUUUCUGUAA